GUCGUCCCAGGGUCCUCGGGUGACAUUGGGCCUCGGCAGCCGAAGCAGGAGGACGGACUCGGGAGCUUGGUAGAGAGCGAGACGUUCGGUUGCGCUCGCUGCCGCCAUGUUUCGCGUUAUACUCAGCCACGCCAAGAAGCACCCCAGUCUGAUUCCUCUGUUCUUGAUCAUUGGAUCUGGAGGUGUUGGUGCAGGCCUGUAUCUCAUGCGUUUGGCAGUGUUCAACCCUGAUGUCUCCUGGGACAAGAAAAAUAAUCCAGAACCUUGGAACAAAAUGGCGCCCAAUGACCAGUACAAGUUCUACUCAGUUAAUGUAGACUACAGUAGACUGAAAAAAGACCGUCCUGAUUUCUGAAAAGCACACUCAUCUCCAUAAACUGCACAGAAAGGUCUUCCGGAAGCCAUCCGCACAAUUGCCACGCUCAAUCAGUCAUCCAGGAAAGAAACGCCUCACCCUGCAUUCGGUCAUGCAUUUGAAAGUGUUUAGAUGAGGCUUAAUAAAUGUCUGAAACUUGAA